CGGUGUUCGAACACUACUUCUUCAGGUUUCAGCGACAGACGCAAUUGUCUGAAGACUCAAUUUCUAGUCUAGGUAGAUUCAUUCCGGACGCCCAGCAGAUCCACCAGAUACAGACUAGAGCAUUCUUUGGCCCACAUCUAAUUCAGUCUAUAUCUCUUUGAAUUUGAAAAAUUCGAAAAAUUUUCAGUAUUAAUCUCCUUGAAUUCGAAAUCUUUCAAAGAUAGUCGCCAUCAUGCGUCCGGAUUCCACCCUAUCUAUUCCUACAAAUCUGUUUACCGAUGUUCUGGAAGACCAGCCGUUUUUAGUUGAGGUAGCGAGCAUGCGACAGCGUCUUCCUAGAACCGUCGUGGAGACGAACUGUCCAUUCUGCCAAAUCAAGUUCACUGACUUCGUGGUAGCGCGAGAACACCUCAUGAGGAGCCACUUUUGCGAUGGCUGCUUCCAGUUCCAUCAUCAUUACUCGUCAGCUGUACAACAUUCUCAAGUGUUUGAAUAUAUUCCGCCUCCAUACCCCUGCACUGCGUGCCAUGAACUGUUUCCUACGGUAUUUGAGCUUCAAAGACACGCAGUGAGACACUUCAUGCGCAUGCCUACGAAGUGCACGUUCAGUGAAGACUGCGACUUCUUUGCCUACACUCCUGCCGAAUGCCAGCAUCAUGUGUGGCUCCAUGAACUGGAUAAAUGGGAAAAACAGGCGAGCAUCCGACGAAUGGCCAGCAGAGCAAAGCGGCAAGAAGGUUUAAGGCAGUGUCUCCUGCAAUUGGCCAAAGAAAACGAAGAAGACUCGAACGUUCCGUUUUCUGUGGAAAAAAAAUCUACAAGCCCAUUGCAAGUUGAUGACACUACUGGAAUAGAAAACGACUCGCAAUCAAUUGAAAACAUGCGCACCGAUAUAAAUAUACCAAUAAAUGAUAACUUAAGAAUUGAAGUCAGCUCACGAAUGAACGACAACGCGGAAAUGGAUUACUACUCUCAAGACGAGAGCGGGAUGUGAAAAAAAUGGCGAUUCACGUUGGAAUGAGAUUGUUGAUGGGCGGAAAAUCCCAGCUGAUGAAGUAAGUAAGCAAUGAAUAACUUAUACAUCUCUGUACCAACACCAACAUGAUUUUUCAAGUAAUUUAAAGGUUGUACGGAAUUCCUUUAUCAACUCCACGGACUCGAUUCUACAAGUUCCGCAAAGCAAAUUCGAGAAUUAACUGUUAAUCAAACCACUGUAAUUGAACAGGCCACUUUCUCUACUAUUGAUCAUUUCAUGAUAAAGCUACAUUACUCAAAAUUUUGAAUGCUAGUCAACCCAAUAUUUGAAUAUUGUUUGAAACUGCUGACAGUUUUGGCUUGGUUGUUAGUUUA